AAACAAUCUCCAGUGGUGGUGGUAGCAGACUCCAGUGGUGGUGGUAGCAGACUCCAGUGGUGGUGGCAGCAGACUCCAGUGGUGGUGGAAGCAGACUUCAGUGGUGGUGGUAGGAGACUCCAGUGGUGGUAGCAGCAGACUCCAGUGGUGGUAGCAGCAGACUCCAGUGGUGGUGGAAGCAGACUUCAGUGGUGGUGGUAGCAGACUCCAGUGGUGGUGGCAGCAGACUCCAGUGGUGGUAGCAGCAGACUCCAGUGGUGGUAGUAGUGUGUGGAGGAGGAUGAUGGCGGGCGGCGUGGUGGUGAGCAAGAAGUAUGUCUCCAGGAAGGUGAAGUGUGUGAGGUGGAAGCCGCCACUCUCUGACUAUGGCAGGACGGACACCUUCGUCAGCGGCACCUGGGACGACACGGACAAUGUUGUCGAAGUAUGGCACGUCCCGGAGUCGGAUGACGACCCGACACAAAUACAUCAGCUGCCUCACCCAGGCAGUGUCAGUGACAUACAGUACAUCACACGGGACAUGCUUGCAGUGGGCGGCAACCUCGGUGACGUAAAGCUGUACCAACAUGACGGCAACAAUCACCUGGAGGAAAAAAUGUCUUGGGACAGAGCGCACACAUUUAUGGGAGGUCCUGCUCCAUGCACCGCCCUGGCCACCAAUGGAGAUCAAAUCGCUUCGGUUGGUGAAGACGGAAAACUUGUCAUCAUUAAUCCAAAUCAGAAAAAUCCUAUCAGAAACAUAGAAAGUGUGGGUGGAUGCAGUGUGUAUGCUGUGGUGUACGUGAGAGCUAGCGAGGUUGUAACGGCUAAUAUGCAAGGGCACCUCAAGUUGUGGGACCUUCGAGCAUCUCAACCAGCCAAGGCCACUCUUCUCAGUCCGGACCAGAUUGCCGUGUGUGACCUUGCUGGCCACCCAACACAGCAACACCUGGUGGCUGCAGGAGGGGAGGACGGAGCUCUGGCUAUAUGGGACAUGCGUAAUAUCAACCAACCCUUCACCAUAAUAUCUGCUCACAAUGGACCAAUUAGUGAAGUAUGUUUCCAUCCUGGUGCACCGGAGCAUGUGUUUACCUGUGGGCUUGAUGGUCAGCUGCUGCACUGGGAUGCUUCUGCCUCUGCUAGACCCACACACGUCCCCUUCAAAAGUACCCGAGAACCGUUAGGAGGAAGUGUUACCGUGUGGUUGAGUAGUGAUGUUGCUCGAGGAGCUAUAGACACCACAAAUGUGAUCCCACAUUCACCUCUACCCAUCAACUCCCUUGAUGUAGAAGGCUCCACUCUGGUUGCUGGCUCUGACAACGAGGCAAUUUACACAGUUCGGCAAGUUCUACUUUACUGAAAAAAUUAUUCUGAGACAAAAUGUUAAGUGUCCUAUUCCAGUUUGAAUAAUAAAGUUUUGUAACAUUUGA